AUGAAGAAUGCUAAAUCUCGGGUAGAGGACAUAGAAACAGCUACCGAAGGCGAUGAGUGUGAAUACAAAUAUGAUCAUUAUAAUUGUGGUCUCGUUAGAGAAGAAGUUAAGAAAUUGUUAGAUGUAGAAUUUCAUGCGUCUGUUGAUGUACUGCAUUCAUUGUUACCCUUCGGACAUGAUAAAAAUAGAAUAUUAUAUGAAAUUGGGCAAACCGACCUUGUUUUAAGAGGUGUUAGUAAAUAUGAAGAUAAGUAUUCAUUUAGAUUUAUUGAUGAAGAUGACAGAGAGCGUUGUGUUAGUAGAAUAAAGGCACGCAUUUUUAGUGCAUUAUAUUUUGAAUGUUUAACGAAACAUUAUUGUAAAAAGGUACAAAACUAUUUUUGGAUAGAAGAAAGAUUAGAAGAAGAAAUGUCUGUUAAAUUAGAUGGUCAGAAAAGUAAUCUAUACCAAAAGAAAAUGUGUCGUAAUGAAGAUUUAAUGAAAACAAUUAUAGGUGUUCAUGAAGAAGGUAGAGGUAUAAAACUAUCAGAAGAUAUUAUUAAUUAUAUUAUACGUAUGGCUAAGAUGUUCCUCUUUGAUUUACUAAAAUCAAAAACAUUUUCCACCUUCUAA